UUUUAACGUGACAAGACUCAAAUAUAAAGUGGUUACACGGAUGUAAAGUCGGAAGAUCAAUUGAGCCAGGCAUUUAUUAGAAUGUACAAUUCAGACGAAACUUUGCAAUCACUUAAUGAACAAUUAGCUUGUGUUAUAACAUAUAUAAUCUGGCGUAUAUUAUAAGAUACUGUUUUAUAGUUACACCGGAACUGCGGAACUAACCUCAUACCAAUAAUUGAAGCAGAUAGAGGGACAAUGCUGCAAGCUGUUUAUUACGUGCUUCUGGCAUCUUUAUUAGUGGGAACGUGUGUCAAAGCUGACUGUGACAGUCCUCCGAGUAUUGCAAAUGCGGUCAACAACAUCACUGGUACUCCGCCUUAUCCAGAAGAUACAACUGUGCGAUAUGACUGUAAGCUUGGAUACAAUCCGACGGGAACCAGCCGAUUUUACACCUGCAAUGGCAACACAUGGACUGACGGUAAAUUUCGGUGUGAGCAAAUAUUCUGCUCGCACGUGAAACCUCCAGAAAAUGGCUAUGUAGUGAACACUCCAACAAAUGAAGUUGGAACUUCAAUCAAAUUUGCCUGCAAUGUUGGGCAUGAUAUUUCUGGCGAUGACAUGAUGACAUGCCGAACAGAUGGCAAAUGGAGUCCUUCUGCGCCCCCUACAUGCACCCCUAAGGACUGUGGGGAAUUUGAGUCUUUACAAUAUGCAGAUACAUUUCAAGAUAAUACAGAAAUCGAAAGGAACCAUUAUGGCAGUGUCACAGAGGUCACGUGUCAAAAUGGAAGAGUUCUAAACGGACCGCCUCGUAUCAGAUGUGAAUCUGAUGGCCAAUGGGGUGAUCAACCAACAUGUGAACUCUUAAAAUGUCCCCAAUAUCCAAAUACAAACGCGUCGUGUGUAAAGAAUGCUGUAAAAUCUGGCGAAUUUUAUUUCCUUAUUUGUAAGGAAGACAUAUCUACCAAGACUGGCCCUGAAGCUGCAGAAUGUAUAUCAGGUGCUUGGGAUUCCCUUGAAAUGGCUUGCUUUUGUGACUGUACGGUUCCAGAUUACAAUAAAAAUCUGAUACGUAUUGAUAAUUUGAACGAACACGGCAAUCUACCCCACAAUGCAACGCUUCAGUGGACAUGUCUCAGUGGACCUUCCGAUUCUUCUACUGGUUAUGUCAUUUGUACUGAUGGAAAACUCGUUAUAAUGAAAGAUGAAAAUGAAGUCACAUAUACUAAUGUCUCUGAUGUAUCAGAUAUAAAUCACAAGAUUCUCUCGGAACUGUGCUAUAUACCAACAACAGUAACAUCCACAAGCACGGAAGUGACGUCAUCACAACCAACAUCAAAAGCAACUCCCAUAAACUCAGUCACAAACACGGAAGUGACGUCAUCACAACCAACAUCAAAAGCAACUCCCACAAACUCAGUCAUAAACACUACAACAGUCAGUACAGAUUUUAAUAACAGGAAAACAACAGCGAAAGUUAAUGCAGCAGCAGUAGCGGUCGCGAAUGUCCUUUCUAUUUUCAUUGUUUGUAUUUUGUCGUUUGUUUAAAGGUGGUAAGACUCACUUACCCGACAUU